UAGCUUUUUUAUUCUAAACAAAGAAAGAAGAACUAAUAUCCAUUUUAUUCCAAAUUUCCUUUUCAAUUAUGGCGGACAUACGUGAUGAACAUGGAAAUCCAAUUCAGCUGACUGACCAAUAUGGUCACCCGGUGAAGCUGACCGAUGAGCACGGCAACCCCAUGCACAUUACUGGCGUUGCAACCACUGCUGGCUCUACUGCUCCAACAAGUUUUCCGACCAGCACUACUGGUGCUACCACAGUUGGUGAAAAAUUGCAACACACUACUGGUGGCUAUGGUGCUCCGACAACUGGUGAAAGGUUGCAACACACUGCUGGAUAUGGUGCUCCGACAACUGGUGAAAAGUUACAACACACUGCUGGAUAUGGUGCUCCGACAACUGGAGAAAAGUUACAACACACUGCUGGAUAUGGUGCUCCGACAACUGGUGAAAAGUUACAACACACUGCUGGCUUAGGUGGCUUAGGUGCUGGUGUUGGUGUUGGUGCUGGUGCUGCGACAAUUGGUGAAAGAUUGCACCAGCAAACACACUCCGAGAAGCAGCAGCAACAGCGAAAGGAGGAGCUUCACCGCUCAAGCAGUUCAAGCUCUAGCUCUUCUGAGGAUGAUGGACAAGGUGGGCGGAGGAAGAAAGGGCUGAAAGAGAAGAUAAAAGACAAAUUAACAGGUGGGAAGCAUAAGGAGGAGCCACAUCAACACACUACUACUACUGGAACGACUACGACUACGAGCGCCAUGUCCACUAGUACUGCUCCAGAGCACCAUGAGAAGAAGGGUAUGAUGGAGAAGAUCAAGGAGAAGUUGCCUGGUCACCACAAUCAUCACUAGAGGCAAUAAAUAGUUAAAUGGAAUAAUGAAAUAUAUAAGAAUGUUGUAUUUGUGUUGGAGCUUUUUAUUAUUGUAGUUGCUUGUGGGUAUAUGCUGUAGCAUUUGCUUGGUUGAUCGUAGAGUAGUUAAGUUUAAGAACAAAGAUUGAAGUGUGUUUUUUCUUUUCCCUACUAAGAGAUGUUGAUUCAGUGUUUAA